CUGUUGGUAUCAGUUGGAAGACGACAAAGACUGAGCUUACAUCGCUAGUGUACUCUUGGACUCUCACAAUUAAGUAAAUCCCGUGCUAUAGUUGGUGACUGAAAAGUCUUGUCAAAGAAAAGACAACACUUUCUCUACUCUGAAAAUGAUGGAAUUUCCUGGAAGAAUUUAUAUAAGGUCUGAAGAUGACUUACGCUCUGUCGAACAUCAGGCCAUGGUGCAGAAAUGGAUUGGGGAAUUUGAGAAAAUAAGCCGCCAAUCUUUUAUUUUUCCAGAGAAACACAUCCGAAGCUUUGGUUACGUCUUUAUCGUUAUCGGUCUGCUUUUGAUGAUUAUCCAGAUUACGCUAUCGUCUAUUCAACAUGUUUACAUUCCAAGUCUUUUCGGUUCGGGAAUUUGGAUUGGAUUGCUUUGUUUUGCGACAGGCAUUGCAGGAGUUUAUGCAGCCCAAAAAAAGAGCAAUAAAAACUUACUGGAUUUUAUGGUCAUGACGGCAAUUCUUAAUAUAUUCUCGGCGAUGAUCGUCAUUCUGAACACCAUCGGCCUUGAAAUGUAUUCAAGACUUUGUGUCUCGGGAAGAGGAAAAGAAUGGAUAGGAGAAUGUGGGCAAACAACAAUUAUAUUGCAAUCGAUUCUUGUAUUCUUGAAUGUCGUGCUGUUCUUAUUAUCAGCAUUGUGUGGCGGUUUUGUUAGUAGAACGCUGGAUACAUCAUUUCAGAUUCGGGCACCUCCCUUGGUGAUUUAUUAUAGCCAAAGUCCGAUCGAAGAAGUGAUCCAAACCGAAGAACAGCUGCCAUCCAAUACCGAAACGACCCCAGAAAACAAAGAUUCUGAGCAACGUGGUGACAUGCCAAGCGAAUGACCAAAAAUUACUGGGAAGAUUACUGGGAAACGCCUUUGAAUAUGAUGAACAGCCACGAAAGAUUUUAACUUAGGAUGUAAACACUAUUCUCCUACUAUGUCUCGUUAAAUUCCUCCAUACUAACGUAACAGGUGUGUUCAUGUUUAAAUGCGCUCUUUUCUGCAGCAUAAAGUGUUGCCGGAUUACUAUUAUAUGGAGCUUGCUCAGAAAUAUUACGUCAUUUCGUUUUUGAUUUUGUUGUAGUUUUUGAUGAAAAAUAAAUAAGAAUAAGACUA